CGUCGCGCGCCGUUAUGCUUGUGGAGUAAAGCCACUAAACUCAACACCUGAACCCUCGCAAAACCCCUGCAAUCCCUGUGCUCAACAUUCAGCAUUUUCUAGGGUUUUCCGACCCAUUUUUUUUUUCCAGUCACUCGUAAAAGAGAUGAAGAACCUUAAGCUAUCCACGGAGAUUUCAGCGAGCUUGGAACUUCAAUCGGAUGGCGAACAACUCUUGUUUUCCGCCAUUGAUAUUGAGCGAAAUCGCUUGUUUUUCGCGUCUUCUUCUAAUUUUAUCUACUCUACUCAAUUCCCUUCUCACCAAAAUGCCAAAGCACAGAGUGGAAUUGUUUUGUCAGCAGAAGUUCAGCCACUUGAUUUGGAAGUUGAUGAUAUUAUCACCUCUUUUGAUUAUCUCCUGGAGAAGGAGUCACUGAUCAUUGGGACUUCUAGUGGACUUCUAUUGCUGUACAUGGUGGAUUCUAAUGCCACAGAAGUAGUUGGCAGAGUUGAUGGUGGUGUGAAAUGCAUAUCUCCUAGCCCAGAUGGAGAUCUUCUUGCAGUAACCACUGGUCUGGGCCAGCUGUUGGUUAUGACUCAUGAUUGGGAUGUGUUGUAUGAAACAGCAUUCGAGGAUCAACCUGAAGAUAUUGACGUAAACGAGUUAUCAAACUCUCCUAGUUUCACCCGUGGAAAUCUCGUUUCUUGGCGAGGUGAUGGGAGGUAUUUUGCUACAUUGAGCAAUUUGCAGAAUUUGAGGAAGAUUAAGGUUUGGGAACGGGAUUCUGGUUCGCUGCAUUCCUCUUCAGAUCCAAAGCCUUUUAGUGCAGAUACUUUAGAAUGGAUGCCUAGUGGAGCUAAAAUUGCAACUGUGUACGACAGGAGAAACGAGAAUAUCUGUCCAUCCAUAGCCUUUUUUGAGAGAAACGGGUUGGAGAGAAGCUCGUUUAGCAUUAAUGAACCAUCAGAUGCUGUAGUUGAGGCUUUGAAGUGGAAUUGCAGUUCUGAUCUCCUUUGCGUCCUUGUUAGAUGUGAGAAAUAUUACUCUUUGAAGGUUUGGUCCUUUAGCAACAACCACUGGUAUUUAAAACAAGAAAUCAGAUACUCAAGGCAGGAGAGACUGCAGCUAAUGUGGGACCCAACAAAGCCACUACAGUUGAUCUGUUGGACUUCGACUGGUCAGAUUUCUGUCUACAAUUUUAUAUGGCUUACUGCGGUUAUGGAUAAUUCCGUGGCAUUAGUUAUCGAUGACUCCAAUAUACUUGUAACCCCUCUUUUCCUCUCUUUGAUUCCACCACCUAUGUUCUCAUUCAAACUAAAAUUCCCAAGUGCUGUCAGGGAGAUGGCAUUUUAUUCUAGUAACUCAAAGAUCCUAUUGGCUGCCUAUCUGUCAGAUGAAAGCUUUUGUGUUGUGGAGCUUCCUGCUCUUUCUUUUUGGGAAGAUCUAGAAGGGAAAGAAUUUGCUAUUGAAGCUUCAGUUUGUGAAACAGCAUUAGGAUCUCUUUUGCAUCUUGAGUGGAUAGACUCUCAUAUACUUCUGGGUGUUUCUCAUUUUGGGUUCAAUCAUGAGAGACGUUUGUCAGAAACAGCAUCAGAGACCAAACAUUUGGGUUACCAUUUGAUGGAAAUUGGGGCUUUUUGUUCUGAAAAUCAUGUUCCAGAUACAGUUACUUGCUCAAGCUGGAAUGUGAAAGUUUCUAACCAAAUCUUUCUGGAGAAGCUGGUAAUUAGUAUCGCUCCUAAUAUAGCCAAAAAUGGUUCGGCUUUUGUCCAGCUUAAUGGUGGACAUAUUUUUGAGUAUGUGUCGCAGGCAAGCACCCAAUCAGCUUCUUCUCCAUACUUUGAGGAAUAUAAUGCAGUGAUUCUCUCAUCAUCUUGCCCUUGGAUGACUGUGGCUAAUGUAACCACUGGUGCGCAAUUGAGGCCUUUGCUAUUUGGACUUAAUGAGCAUGGCGUGCUUCAUGUGGAUGGAGCAAUAUUAUGCAACAAUUGCAGCUCCUUUUCUAUUUACUCUAAUUCUUCUGAUCAGAUUGUUACCCACUUGAUUCUUACCACAAAGCAAGAUUUGCUUUACGUUGUUGACAUCGUUGAUGUUUUGGAUGGGAAUGCCCUGGUAAAAUAUGACAACUUCUUGCACAUUGCCAGAAAAAAAAGGGAAGAGGAAUGUAGAAAUUUUAUAAAUUUAUGGGAAAGAGGUGCUAAAAUUAUCGGCGUCCUUCACGGAGAUGAAGCUGCUGUUAUACUUCAGACUAUUAGAGGUAACUUGGAAUGCAUCUGUCCUCGAAAAUUGGUCCUGACCUCAAUUACUAAUGCUCUAGUUCAAAAGCGGUUUAAGGAUGCAUUACUUAUGGUAAGGCGGCAUAGAAUAGAUUUUAAUAUUGUUGUCGACUACUGUGGUUGGCAAGCCUUCCUCCCAUUUGCUUCUGACUUUGUAAGGCAGGUGAACAAUUUGAGCUACAUUACUGAGUUUGUUUGUGCCAUAAAGGAUGAAAGCACAACUCUAAAAUUGUACAAGAACUACAUUUCACUUCCAUCUUCUGAUGUGAAAGAUAUUCAAACUGGAUUUCUGGGAGUUUUUAAUUCUAAGAGCAAGGUUUCUGGUGUCCUAUUGGCCAUUAGAAGGGCCCUUGAGGAACAGGUACCUGAAAGUCCUGCCAGGGAGCUUUGUAUCUUGACCACCCUUGCACGAAGUGAUCCUCCAUCACUUGAGGAAGCUUUGGCGAGAAUAAAGGUUACUAGGGAAAUGGAACUUUCAGGUUCUAAUGAUCAAAGAAGAACAUCUUAUCCCUCUGCUGAAGAGGCUCUCAAACACCUGUUGUGGUUAUCUGAUGCCGAUGCUGUGUUUGAAGCUGCAUUAGGUCUGUAUGAUUUGAACCUUGCCGCCAUUGUAGCAUUGAAUGCUCAGAGGGACCCAAAGGAAUUUCUUCCUUUCCUCCAGGAACUGGAAUGUAUGCCAACACUUUUGAUGCAGUAUAGAAUAGACAUUCGGCUGCGGAGGUACGAGAAGGCUCUUAAGCAUAUUGUUUCUGCAGGGGAGACCUUUCAUUCAGACUGUAUGGCUCUUUUGAAAGAUCAACCUCAGCUGUUUCCUCUUGGACUUCAGCUAUUCACCGACCCUUCAAAGAGAAAUCAGGUUUAUGAGGCAUGGGGUGAUCAUCUUGUGAAUGAGAAAUGCUUUGAGGAAGCUGCCAUGACAUUUUUGUGUUGCUUCAGUCUGGAAAAAGCUCUCAAGGCUUAUCGUGAUUGUGGUCAUUGGAGUGGAGUACUUACUGUUGCUGGUCUUCUUAAAUUCGAAAAAGAAGAGGUAUUGAAGUUGGCACAUGAGCUCUGUGAAGAACUCCAAGCACUUGGUAAACCAGUGGAAGCAGCCAAGAUUGCUUUAGAGUAUUGUGGGGAUGUUAAUUCUGCAAUCAGCUUACUAAUUAGUGCUAGGGAAUGGGAGGAGGCGCUGAGGAUUGCAUUCAUGCACAGGAAUGAUGAUCUAAUCACAGAAGUGAAAAAUGCAUCUGCUGAAUGUGCGUUCAUCUUGGUAAACGAAUAUGAGGAGGGACUGGAGAAAACUGGGAAGUAUCUUACACGCUUCUUGGCUGUCCGUCAACGGAGAUUGUUGCUCGCAGCUAAGUUGCGGUCUGAGGAGCAUUCCGUUAACGACAUUGAUGAUGAUACCAUAUCAGAAGCUAGCAGUAACUUCAGUGGCAUGAGUGCUUAUACUACAGGGACGAGGAGGAGUUCUGCUGGUUCUGUCACUUCCGGUACUUCUAGCAGGGCAAGAGAAAACAGGCGUAAGAAAAAUCAAGGAAAGAUUCGUGCGGGCAGCCCCGGCGAGGAACUGGCUCUGGUAGAUCAUCUCAGGGGUAUGGCUAUUACCUCGGGUGCCAGACGUGAGCUGAAAUCUCUGUUGUCUACCCUUUUGAUGCUUGGCAUGGAAGAAACUGCUAGGAAGCUGCAGCACAUUGGUGAAACAUUUCAGCUUUCUAAUGUGGCAGCUGUCAAGUUGGCUGAGGAUGCAACAUCUACAGACGUUGUAGAUGACCAGACAUAUGCUUUGGACCGCUAUCUAAAGAAAGUGAAAAGUGAAGUAUGUGAUUCAGAAGCUUUUUCCUGGCGCUCCAAAAUAUUGAUUUUGCCAUAACAGGCGAGCAUCUGUGCUUACUUUAAGUUAAAAGUUGGGAAUUGUCAUUCUUCGAACUGACUGUUUGGCAACCUGGUUGCGGAAGCAUCAAUAUGUAGAAGGCUGGAAUCGGCGGUAUUCUGUCUGUCCCAAAAUCAAUUUCCCUGUAUUCAUCACUCGUAAAAUUGUGAGUUGAUUUCAUAAAACCGACAAGCAUUCUGGGACGGAGGAGUAUUAUUCGUCAUGCAUUAUUAUAGGGAUGAUCGAUUAAUGAACUUCUUUUGCAAGAUAACUACUCCUAUGUUACAUGAUAUUUGAGAGGUAAUUGUUGUAUCAAGCCUGAAUCAUUGUUCAAUGUCGUAUAUUAGAGAUCGGGUUAGAAUGUCUCCGAAUCAUUGUUCUCAUCUAUUGACACCUUUUACAAUAUCAAUGGAGCUUGUAUCUUCUCUAGCGGCUUGGGAGAAAAAACAAGAUGGAUCUUGUUUGGUUCUUUAUUACGUGAUCUACAAAUAUGAUAGUUGGAUUCUA